CGUAAGGAGAACAUCAUCUAGCCAAGGGAAGAUUCAGAGCGGUUGGCUGAAGACAAACAGGAGAAGGAAGACAAAAGGCGAGGAGCGGCUGGAAGGUGCAACCAAGGAGAGAGAACAGAACAUUCGCAGCUGAGAAAGGAAGAGAGACUGUCCUUGCAGCAUCGCAAAGAGGGGAACGGCGAGAGCCGACUUGCACUAUGAGCAACCAAAGCUACCAGGAGAUCAAAGGCAAUCCUCCUGCUGCUCAGAAUCCGAUCCCUUACUCGGAAACGCAAUCCAACGAAGAGUCUGAGCCACUGAAACUUCCUGUUAGGCCACCACCUCCAAAUGUUGACUAUGGAGCAGCUCCACCCAUGCCACCCCAGUACCAAUGUUAUUAUGGUCAACCUGGACCAGGGUACAACCAAGGACCAGAUCUUCAAACUCCGCAAGCUGUCUUCAUCGUACCUGCCCAAUCCACCAGUGAACCUGAACACCUGGGCUACUCCAUCUUUACCAUGCUUUGCUGUUUCUUACCCCUGGGCAUUGCUGCCUUGGUUUAUUCUGUCAAGACUAAAGAAUCCAACCGCAAUGGAAAUAGCAUAGCUGCUCAGAAAAAUUCCAGGCUGGCACUUGUCAUGGGCCACAUUUCUCUCGGGCUCGGGCUCAUAGUCUGGAUUCUGUAUAUCACCAUAAUGGUGAUCCAGAUUAAAGAGAGUAAUGAUGUGUCAGAGGUAAACCCUUAA